UGCCACAGUCGACGCCAUGGAGGAAAAGAAGCGUACGGCGGCCAAGAUCGUCACCUCGCUGUUCCCGCGCAUCCCGAAGGUUACCACAGUGCUGCUGCAGUUCUACAUCACGCGGGAGGGCCAGCUCGCACUGGAUCAAGAGCCGCUCAUGUUCUUCUGCCGGGAACAGGUGCUGCUCGCCGCGCAGGAGAUCCUUGACAAGCUGAACAAGCAGGUGAUCACGUACCAGGACGUGCGAGACAUCGCCGAGAACCUCAUAGGGUUGCACAACCUGGCCUACAAGAAGAGUCCCGAGAUCGCCAAGGUGACUGGCGACAACAUUCGCAAGCUGAUGAUCAUCGUGGGCGAGCUGGCCACCUCGCUGGAGAAGGUGUCCGAGGUGCCGCCCACGGACUGGAUGGGCAUCGGCGACACGGUCGUGGCCAAGACCGCGACGCUGAACAUGGCUGAGGUGGCGCCCUUCUACACGUACAUUCCAAAGAUCAAGGACUUUCUUUCAGUCAAAUUGCUCGGUGCCGGCGGAUUCGGCGCUGUGUACAAGGUGACCUACAAGCCGACCAACCUGGUCUGCUCGAUGAAGCUGGUGCCGUGCGACAAGUUCCAAAGGCACAAGCAGGCCUGUAUCGACAAGGUGUGCGCGUCCGUCAUCGGGAACCCGUUCCUUGUGAAGUACUACUGCUGCUUCGCUACCCGCGACGCCUACGCCACCGUGAUGGAGUACAUUUGCGGCGCCGACAUGAUGCGAGUGUGCGACAAGGCGGUGUACCUGCCAACCAAUGAGUGCCGCAUCGUCAUGGCGCAGCUUAUCCUUGCCAUCGAGCACAUGCAUCUCAGGGGUCUGCUGCAUCGAGACAUCAAGGUAUCCAACAUGAUGAUCUUUCCUGGAGGGCGAGUGAAGGUGAUUGACUUCGACACGAACAAAAUCUGCGUCGGACACUUUGCUAAGCGCGUCCUCAAGGGCUACUUCACUAGGACGGCGUUCGAGUUUUACGACGGUGAGUCGGCGGGUACCAUUCCGUACAUGGCCCCCGAGAUCCUGAAACGGAGGCCUUACGGACGCUCCUGCGAUUGGUGGUCGGCGGGCGCCACGUUAUACAAGAUGAUGACCGGCCGCGUGCCCUUCCGCGGCGAAACCAAGCAGGAGCUGACGGACAAAAUCAUCAACCAGCCGCUCAAGUGGCCCAAGGUCGAGGAGCACCCGCACUCGGCCACGCCCGAGGCGAAGGACAUGUGCUUCAAGUUCCUCAAGAAGAACCCCGUCGAGCGGCUAGGAUCGACCACGUACGCCGAGAUCCGGGAGCACCCGUUCUACGCGGGCUUCAACUGGAAGAGGCUGCACACCACCAAGGAUCUGUGCAACAUCCCCGCCAUCACCGAGUGCAUGGCCAAGAGGAAGGACUCAAAAAACAUGGAACAUUUCAGUGAGUGCGAUAGCUAG